GUCUAUGUGAGAGGAAGUGUGGCUUUCCUGCCAGGGGAGGGUCCUGGAUUAACUCAGCUCCGUCUGCCUCGUACCAAAUGCUCAGCUGAUAACCGCCGCUGAAGGAUAUAUUGUCGCCAGACAGGCUGCCCAGCUAACACGCAGGCUGAAGGCUUUCGUGGUUUAUAUUGGCAGCACUGUAGUGGAGAGCUAGAGGAGGAGUUUGUUUUCUCUUUCUGUGUGGAGGAGGAGGAGGAGGAGGGAGGAGAAAGAAUGCUAACUUCACUUGAGCUGGCGGUUUGUUGCUGUGGGGAGAAAAACACAGACUGACGGAGACAGAGAAAGAGCAAAUGGUCUUGUGUCAGGCAAAAUGGCCUGAGAGAUGCACAAGGCUUUAAACACAGCAUGUCCUUUGGAACGAGGCUCCCAGAGGCCGAGACGGGAUUUGUUCCAAGCGUUCAAGACUUUGACAAGAAGCUCGCUGAAGCAGACGCCUACCUACAGAUUCUGAUUGACCAGUUAAAGCUGUUUGAUGAGAAGAUCAAGGACUGCAAAGAGGAUGAAUCACGCAGAAAAAUUGAGAGUUUGAAAGAGACUACUUGUAGUAUGGUAGAGUCCAUCAAGCACUGUAUUGUAUUGCUGCAAAUUGCCAAGGACCAAAGUAACGAACAACAGCACGCAAACGGACUUAUAAGCACCAUCAACCCAGUGGAUGGGAUCUACCAGCCCCCUCUGGACACCCCUGUAGUCAACACCACAAUGCCAACACAGACCACACUACCCACAGACGCUUCUCAGGUGUGUAAAUCAGACCAACGACCCUCCACGUUACCUGUUGGUCCCGUCGUCACAGUGAUGGGAAGUUUGCAGACCCCAACUCCCAACAGCACAGGGAGUGGUCCGUCGGGCCCCAGUAGCGGCAUCGCCUCCCCGGCUCACAUCCCCCUCCCCUCGCACUCAGUGCCAGACUUCUCCUAUUCCUCCAGCGAGGAUGAGUUCUAUGAUGCUGACGAGUUUUACCAGAGCACCACUUCCCCCAAACACUGCAUAGAUCCCUCAGGGCCUCCAGCUGCCUCAUCCCUCACUAAUGAAGAAACAGGGUUGAAACGACCCAACACCACAGAGUCCCUCAACUCAUCCAUGUCCAACGGCACCACAGAUGCAGAUCAGUUUGACAGCCACGAUGACCGCGAUGACGACGGUGAGGGGGAGUCUGUGGAAGAGCACAAGAGCGUCAUCAUGCAUCUGCUCUCUCAAGUUCGUCUGGGCAUGGACCUCACCAAGGUGGUCUUGCCUACCUUCAUCCUAGAAAGGAGAUCUUUGCUAGAAAUGUAUGCAGACUUCUUUGCACAUCCUGACUUAUUCGUAAGUAUCGCUGAGCAGCCGGAGCCAAAAGAGCGCAUGGUUCAGGUGGUGAAAUGGUACCUGUCAGCUUUCCAUGCAGGGAGGAAAGGCUCAGUGGCCAAGAAACCUUACAACCCAAUCCUGGGUGAGGUCUUCUACUGUCACUGGGAUCUUCCCAGCGACACAGAGGAGCCUUCUUCACACAUGGAGACGGUGGCAGAGGGUCCAGUUCCCUGGUCUUCAACCAAUAGUGUGUGUUUUGUGGCAGAGCAGGUCUCUCACCACCCACCCAUCUCUGCAUUCUACGCAGAGUGUUUACGUAGGAAGAUCCAGUUCAAUGCUCACAUCUGGACUAAGUCUAAGUUUCUAGGCAUGUCCAUCGGUGUCCACAACAUUGGCCAAGGGUGUGUAUCUUGUUUGGAGUAUGAUGAACAUUACAUUCUCACCUUCCCUAACGGAUAUGGCAGGUCGAUUCUGACCGUGCCGUGGGUGGAGCUGGGUGGCGAGUGCAACAUUUCUUGCUCCAAGUCGGGCUACAGUGCUAACAUCGUGUUCCACACCAAACCCUUCUAUGGAGGAAAGAAGCACAGGAUCACAGCUGAGAUUUUUCCACCUAACGACAAGAAGUCUUUCUGCUCCAUUGAAGGAGAGUGGAACGGAGUGAUGUACGCCAAGUGGGCCACUGGAGAGAACACAGUGUUCAUAGACACCAAGAAGAUGGGCAUCAUUAAGAAGAAAGUGAGGAAGCUGGAAGACCAGCUCGACUUCGAGUCCCGAAGACUAUGGAGGGAUGUGACGCUGAACCUGAAGCUAAAGGACAUUGAUGCAGCAACAGAAGCCAAACACAGGUUGGAGGAGAAACAAAGAGCCGAAGCCAGAGAGAGAAAGGAGAACGAGCAGCAGUGGGAGACCAGGCUAUUCCAUGAAGACGGGGAGUGCUGGGUCUACGAUGAGCCACUACUAAAGAGAAUAGUCUCUCAGAGGCACUGAGAAGACUGCGCCACACUCUGAUAAACACACACACACAUAUGCAUAAAGAAAUGCACACACAACAGAGUCUUCAUAAGAACUCUUUUGCAAAACCACUUCUUAUCCAAGCCUUGGAAUGACUGAUGAUUGAAUAUGUACACUGCUUUGCAUUUGACUGUAAAACAAUAUGGAAAUGAAUGAAAAGCAUCAAAGAUGUAACAUGAAUAUUAGUAAAAUCCUCUCCUCCUUUGGGCAAUCUCACCUCCACCGCCACCGAUACCCGCCUCCUGCCAACAUGAGACUCGGCAGGGCAGAGUCGUGACGGGAGAGCCGACGCGUCUCUCGACCGUCCAUAAGCUUCACAACCCUUCAGCAGCUCUACAGGACGAGCCAGAGCGGCAGUCAUUUCCCUGCAUACAUGGUUUGUUUUGUGCAGGGGGCAAGAUGGCGUUCAGUUCAAGUAAAGCUUGACAAAUAAAACAGCGCUCUACAUCUCAGGGAAUCUGGUGACUGAGGAAAGAAAGCUGCUGCCCCCUCCCAGAGUCUGACAGCCUUAUACCAGUGAAGCGGAUAAAUCUUAAAGGGGCGGGAGAGAAGUUCUCUGCUUGCCUGCAACUACUUGUUUAUAUAUAGAUAUACAUAUGAUGGAUAUAUAAAUAUAUAUAUUCUUUUUAUUUUCAAUGCUCUUUUUUGUUUAUUUUUUCUUUCUGGCAAUAGUGUAAAAAAUAUUUGAGGAUCUGAACUUGAUGGCUUUACACCUUUAGGAAUCAUUCCAUUUAGCGUUUUGAUCUUUUGUUCCCAUGUUCCAAUUUAACUCUUAGCCACCUAUUUGAUCAUCCACACUGUUCUCAAGAAGCAAAGCCCCCCACCCACAUGAGCCAUAGUAUCUAAACACUCUGACUGGGAGAGUUGUGGUAGAUUAAAGGAAUAUAUGCAAUACAGAUAAAAGUUGAUUACACUGCUGGUCAAAGCGGAGGUUUGGAUGUCACUAUGCCAAAAAGGUUUAGAGAAAAGGCUAAACAGACUUUCAUCUGGACAGAGAACAAACACUCCUCUGAGAAGGUUUCCAUGUUACCUGAAGGCAUUUAUGAACAAAUGAUUGUUUACAUUUUUGUCCUUCUGGACAGCUGGUCCACAAGCGAGGACGUAGGGUUAGGACUUGAGUAUCUAAAGUCGCCCUUUUGUCCUCUACAUCCUCUGUCCUUGUUUCCUCUCUAAUAUCGGAUGGAUCGCCUUGACGUGUGCUCCGAUGUGACAGCGAGGAACCAGAGUAGACCUUUGAAACGUGCACACUGUGGUUUCAUUGUGCUGCUACAGUCCACACCACAUUCUACUGCAUCACUCUGUUGUAAUAUUUUGUUUGUGUUCAUUUUUUUUUCUUCCAAGAUUAAGAACCACAUAGAGGCCAAUAUUUAUUCCGCUGUACACCUCUGCUUUUUGAACCUUCAUUCUCUUAUUUAUAGCUACAUGAGUUGGAUCUAAAUGCAAUGAUAUUUGGAUGAGAUAGAGAAAUAAAGAUUUUCACUUAAAAAUGUUGUAGCAAGCUCAUAACAAUCCUUUAUCUUUGCGUGGUUAAGAUCUCACUAUGUGUCCUCCUCAAUAUUUGGCCAUAAUGUUAAGUAAGUGGACUGAUUCAAAUCGGAGGAGACCCUUUGAGUCAUCGAUUCAGUUUACCCGGUGAAGGGAUGUCUAAAGAUUGCUGGUGCUGUAUGCAAAUCCAGUGGCAUACUAUUUAAAAGUCCCGUAGUUGUAGCUGUUGACUUCAAUGUUCCUAUAAAAGCAGUCAGCAAUGCCUUCAGAAAAAAAGCCAACUGAGAUAAGAGUAAACUUACUAAAUUUAAGGUUAUCACUUUGUAUUGUUUCCUCCGUGUUUUGUCUUUGUAAAUUCUGUUGAAUAGAGGCCUUUCCAUUUCUUUCAGUAUUGCCUGAUAGAGAGCAAUCAAAACAAAUUUGUUUUUAAUUUUCUCCUCUUCAUAACCAUUGAUUGUAUCCGAUUCUACUGUUUAUUGAUGCAUAAUAUUAAAUCUCCAUGAGUUUA